CCCUUCGGCUGCGCGAGUAUGUUCCGCACGGCUCUUUGCCGUCCAUCUAUUAUUCAGUGCAACUAGUGUUUUCGCCUAUCGCAUCCUUCUAAUCUUAGCUCACAACGGAGCUAUACCAGCGCCACCGAACAAUGUACGGCGUGGUUUCGCAACAAGGGGGUGAACGAGAUCAAUAUCGUUCUCAGCCUUCUUGCUCUACGGACCCGCAAGAUGGGGAUAGAAGACCAAAAAGGGAAGAAAAACCGAUUUAUCAGAAGAUAUUCAGAUACUUCAAGAAACAGUUAACGGUAGAGCCAGAUGAUGAAACUGACGAGUUUAAUUUUCACAUAUCGCGUUAUCGCCCAGAGGAACUGCACAAAUUAGCAUCCAGAACAAAGUUUACCCGAAAGGAAAUUCAGUUGAUGUACAGAGGUUUCAAGCAGGAAUGUCCCACGGGAAUGGUUGACGAAGACUCAUUCAAGCACAUUUUCUCACAAUUCUUUCCUCUUGGUGAUGCUACAAACUACGCGCAUUACGUUUUCAACACAAUGAAGCAGAAACAGACUGGAAAGAUUAGUUUUGAUGACUUCAUAAACAUUCUAUCAAAAGUGUCCAGAGGAAGCGUACAAGAGAAACUACAGUGGGUGUUUGGUCUAUACGAUCUGGACGGCGAUGGAAACAUUUCGAAAACGGAAAUGGUUGACGUGGUUUCUAGCAUUUACCAAAUGUUAGGAAGGGCUACACGUCCUCUUGUAGAUGACACUUCCGCCAAAGAACACGUUGAAAAAAUUUUUCACUUAAUAGAUACAAACAAGGAUGGAGUUGUAACAAUAGAAGAAUUAGUUGAAUGGUGUUCUAGGGACGAGAAUAUUCUCAAAUCCCUAGAAACUUUAGACACUGUAUUGUGAUCUGAAUGUUUAUAUACGAUUGUACAAAUGAUGCAUGGCCAAAUAGAUAUAUUGGCAACUUUUCAUAACUUAAGAAUUUCGUACCAAAUAGAUAUUUGAUGUGAUCACUACUCUUUAAUAUCAAGGUUAUUGACUAGAUAUAAUAUUAUAUUCUCUUGUUCUAUUCCAAUAGGGCUAUUUUUAUAGCCUAAUCCUGAAUGCUGUUUUAUAAUUAAUAUUUACGAUGUUAAGUGUAUGGCUUACAAAGGCUUAUUUAUCGCGUCUUACAUAUAUUUAUAAGUAAUGAUAUAAAACUACAAGGAAAUUAGGGUAUUAUUUGUACAAUUGAAAUAAUAUAUAAUAUAAUAUAUAUUUAAAUGUUACUGAUAACAAUUUUAUAACUUGAAUCAAAGGAUCUGUAAAUUUCCUGAGAGGGGUCUAUUUCGCUUAUAAGAUAAAUAUUUAACCUAAGAAAGAACUGUGUAAAUGUUUGAUUAUUAUAAUAUUAAAUUUAUCGGAACAUACAUAUGUCUGUCUAUUCUGGGUCCAUAUAUCUUGAUUCAAGUUUUGAUGUUACUAUUGAAAUGUUAUUUAGAAUAGUUGAUAAUGUUUCAGACGAUUCAUGUUUGAUGCAUUUCAACUUAACAUUUAAGGUUGAUGUUAUUUGUAAGUUCUAUCAUGGUAUAAGGAUACUAUGGUUAUAUCUGCAGCAUUCAUUGGCCGAUUCUAUCUUUCUCAACCUCAACUUCUUAUCGCUUCGUCCUUUUCCAAGCAGGUUACUAAAAUAAAUACUCGUAUGUGAUAUUGAUAUUAGGUAUAAGUUAAAAAACUUAUCCAGCUGCUUCACGAACAAUAUGUAACUUCCUUCCUUCCAUUUAUUAUUCUAUGAAUGUUUUUUGGAUGCAACAAAAAGAUAUUAUAUUAAUGUGGAACUAUAUGUUAGUUUGUAAUAAGUCUCCCUUUACUAUUAACUUAGGUAUAAAUAUAUGUUCUAUAUAUGUUGUAUUUUAGGAAAUAGGUUUUCUAACCGAUUUAGUUCUCGUUGUAUUUGUGGUAUUUUGCUAAUUUCACCAUUUUUCAACUUGGGAUAACAACGUCCCAAGACUCAACAAGGAUGUGGUACAACAUGUAAGAUAAAACCUAAUUGUGAUAGUAUUAAGAAUAUUAAAAAAUGUUUGAAACUCUUAAGGAGAAAUAUCUAUUUCAAACAUUAUAUUUGUGUCACAUGUUUUUUCGAUAUAAGUACAAUUUCUUAAGAUGAUGUUUUAAUUUAAUACUCUCUGUUUAAUUCUACCUUUGAUAAGUACAAUAAAUAUAUAAGUGUUGUAUUCAA